AUGGAUGGGACUGCAGCAUCCGAGCAGUUUGUGUUGUACGGUGGCGAUCUUCGGAACAGCAUCGAAGAUGGAUGUCGAUCGUUCGGAGAGCUUGUCGUCAAACGGUUGUACCGUAAUGGAGAUAAAGUGGCGCUGGUUGAUGGAGUCACCGGGGAGUCGCUUACGUACCAUCAGAUCCUCGAGCGCUCGCUCAAACUGGCCAACCGGUUCCAUCGCAUGGGCAUCAAGCGGAACAGCGUCGUCGGUAUCAGCAGCGAAAACAGUCUGCACUUUCCGGUCAUUACCUUCGCAACGGUCAUGCUUGGUGGAACGGUGCUACCCAUCAAUCAUGGCUACACGAUGUCGGAGUUCGCGCAUGCACUCCAGCUUACCAAACCGGUCGCCAUUUUUGCAUCACCAAAACCGCUUGCAACGAUCAUGGCGCUGCGUGGUCAGUCGCCGUUCAUAAAGCUACUGGUUUCGCUGGGUAGAGGAAGGCCACCUGGGCGUGUUGCCCUGUUUAAGGACCUUUUCGACAGCAGUCCCAUCCACAGUCUGACCGCGUUCACGCCCCAACCGGUGCCACUGCAGCGACAAGUCGCGCUGAUGGUAAUGUCCUCCGGUACGACCGGACUCCCAAAAGCGGUUCAGUUGACGCAUCACAAUGUUAUGGCGGUGAUGGCGUACCAGGCGGAGGAUCCCCGCUACACCGAACUUCCUGUGCCGAUCCGUGUACUUGGUCUUCUGCCCUUCUACCAUGUGUUUGGAUUCAUGCUGUCGCUGAACAGCUGCCUCAACGCCGUUCCCAUGGUGGUGUUGCCCCGCUUCGAGCCCCAUCUCUUCCUGCGCACGCUUCAGGAUCACCGCAUCACGAUGGUCAGUCUCGUGCCACCACUGAUGGUGUUCCUCGCCAAAAGCCCCCUGGUGGACGAGUACGAUCUCAGCUCGCUGUAUGCCGUUCUCUGCGGAGCGGCCCCAUUGAGUCGCGAGAUCGAGGAGCUCGUUCGUACCCGUCUCCCGAACGUGGCCACCGUGCGAACCGGGUAUGGUAUGAGCGAGACAUCCCUGGGCGUAAUUUCGCGCACGAACGACAAGGUUGGCUCGGUCGGGAAGGUGCACAAAACGACUCGCGCCAAAGUGGUCGACAUGGAGACGGGCCAACCGCUCGGACCCGGUCGGGCUGGGGAAAUCUGCGUCAAAGGGCCCCUUAUCAUGAAGGGCUACCUCGACAACGAGCUGGCCACACGGGAAACAAUCGACAAGGACGGUUGGCUGCACACCGGUGACAUCGGGUACUACGAUACCGAGGGAGAUUUCUUCAUCGUCGAUCGACUCAAGGAUCUGAUCAAGUACAACGGCUACCAGGUACCACCGGCCGAGCUGGAGGACGCACUUCUCAGCCACCCGAAGGUACGUGAUGCUGCGGUCGUCGGUAUUCCGGAUGAGGCGGCCGGAGAACUGCCGGCUGCAUUCGUCGUGCUCCAACCGAACGCAAAGGCCAGUGAGACGGAACUGGUCGAAUUUGUGGCACCGAAGUUGUCACCCCAGAAACGUCUCCGAGGAGGUGUUUUCUUUCUAGAUGAAAUCCCUAAAACUGGCAGUGGCAAGAUCUUGCGUCGUCAACUGCGAGCGUUGGUUCAUCAGAAGGCUAAGCUUUGA